AUGAGGUCAAGAUUUAUGUUUCGGACGGGUUCGAGUUUUAUUGGGAGUUUUGAUGUUCCACUAUCAAGAUGGGGCGUUACCGGAGGCCUGUUCUUCAACCCGAGGACUGCCUCAAAUUUGUCGAUCACAAAGGGCUCAAAGUUGGCGACAAGAUCAUUCUUGAUUCCGAGGCCAACGACUUUACCUGACGCCAUUUCCGAAUUAGAGCACGAAAGUUGA